UGUUCUUGUCGCGAACUUGACCGGCUGCUGACUGACAACAGGUGAACGGGAGUUCAGCGGCAGAAACGCAGAGCUCAGGACACCAGAGCGGGAUUAAAUGCGCGAUGAGAAGACGGUAGCAGAAAGAAAAUCCUGACAGUCCUUUUGCAAUUGGAAGAGGAUGGGACGUCCUACGGUGCUUUUGUUUCCUGUGAGAGGAAAACUUCAAUCACGUCAAUGCCCCGUCAUCAUUGGUCCGCUUAAUGUUUCAUGAAACCUCCCUAGGUGUUGUCUGAUUGGUUCUUCAUUGUACUGUGACGACUUGACAGCCAAUCCGCAUCUGUCUGGCAGCGCCUCUGCAGCAGAUUUCUGCUUCAGCUGGGACAGAGCACAACAAGACAGAGACAGAGAGAGAGAGGGGAGAUCGAGGUUCAACACUGCUGAAUUGGGGGUUUUGCACAAGUGAUCACCAGCAUGGAGGUGCCCAGGAGGCCUCAGCCCUCCUCUUUCACACUGGCUUUCCCUAAACCGGCCUCAACUGCCCUGUCUCCCCUCGGAGCUGUAGAGAAGCUCCAGGAGAAGAAGGAUGGGAUCGUAGAGAAAGAUCAAUUCGGAGAAGAGACGUUCAGUACAGAGGAGGAGUCAGAUGUGUCUGUGACGUCAGAACUUGUAGAUACAAAUGCUUCCACUAUGGAAAGAAAUUUAAGGGUUUCCUCGCAGGAUAGUUUCUCAGAGGAGAACUCAAUAUCAGAGGAGAUGUUGGCGGAGGAGGCAAAAGAGGCCAAAAAGAGGUCUGAAGAGGAGGAAGCAGCAGCUAAAGAGAGGGCAGCCCAGAGACAGAUGCUGGCCAUAGAGGAACUGGUCCAGUCUGAGAGGAAUUACCUGCGACUACUGCAAGUUAGCACUGUGACCAUCAGGAGCAACCUAGAGAAACUACAGCCACCUCUUGCCAAUCUGGACAGCAUGUUUCUAUAUAUAGCAGAUGUGAUGGAUGUGUCAAGUCAACUCCUCAGCCUGCUGGACCAGAAGCAGGUUCAGCCUGGAGAACCUCUCUUCUUGGAGACACUCUGUAAUUCGUUCCUCAGCCUGUCUUCAGACAUUGAAGCAGCCUAUAAGGAAUACCUGGCCAACUACAACAACGUUACAGUGGUGGAGAACAGCUACAAACAGAAGGAAGCGCUCUGGAACGAGAUUGUCAAAGUCAUCAAGAGCUCAGCGCCUGAAGUGAAUGCCACCUCUUUGAGUUUCUUCUUGGUGAUGCCGGUGCAGCGGAUUGCACGCUACCCCCUCCUCCUGCAGACCAUCCAGAAACACACUGACAGAUCCCACCCAGCAUAUGCACUUCUGGAGGAGACCGCUCACACGUCCAUCGCCUUGAACUGUCGCAUCAAUGAGUACAAACGCUUCAGAGAAGUUGCGGACAAAUACAAGAAGACAGAAUUCCUGACCAUAAAGGACAAGUUCAACCGCCUCAACACUCACAGCAUCGUAAAGAAGACAACGAGGAUCAGCCAGUACAUCAAACAUGAGACUGGAAUGGCACCUAAGCUUGUGGAUGAGGAGUUUGAUGCCCUGCAAGGUUUCUUUGAUGUCCUGGAUCAUGGGAUCCUGGAGCUCCUUGAGAACAUAGAGACAUAUCUGCACCACCUACAGGCGUUCCUGGCCUGCAAAACAGAGGAGUUUGACUUGGACAUGGAUGGAGAGAAGGCACCUAUUUGCUACAAGGAGAUCACUACCGCCCUCAGACAGUGGAUUCUUCCAACAUUUGAGAAGAGGAUGAGGACAUUAAUCCACAAGCCGCUGUGUGCACUCCGUGACCUCCUGGUGGGCCCAAGGAACCUGAUCAGGAAAAGACUGGACAAGCUGCUCGACUAUGAAGUGAUUUGUGACAAAUCCAGUCUGAGCUAUGAGGAACAGGCAGUGGCCAACACGUACAGGACAAUCAACACGUUGCUCCUCAAUGAGCUUCCUCAGUUUAAUGGUCUGGCUCUGCAGAUGAUCUGGAGCAUGUUAGGGACGUUCAGCUGUCUGCAUAAAGACCUCACCUCAGACAUGGAGCAACUGUUCCAGAGCUUUGCACAACAGCUUCCUCACAGCUCUCUUGACCCCAGUGCAUUCUGGGGGUGGGCCGAGUCUGCAGUGUUGGAAGGUGCGAGGAGGCUGCAGACUUUGUGUCAAAGCGUAGAGGACACGCUCAAGGCGCCCUUUGUCCAGCCUCUGAGUCCAUCCUCUCAGCGCCGUCUGAAGCAGCUUACAGAUAAGCACGGCUCUGGAAGAAUCUACCAGGUGAUCGGGACGGCGGUGGCCAGCCGGGACCUGGACCUGAACCUGGCCAAAGGGGAGCUGGUGGCCAUUAUCACUGAGGAAGAUAGCCGCGGAGACAAACGAAGAUGGCUGGUCGAUGCAGGAGGCAGAAGAGGGUACGUUCCUUCCUCGAAGCUGCUUCGCUAUCACCAGGCAACAGAGGAGCCGCCCCCUUCGCCGCACGUGACCCUUCCUGAGGAUCUGACAGCAAUGAGAAGACACUCCUACACCCCAGAGGGCCGGCCACUGAGAGUCACGAGCCAGCUGUUCUUCCAGCAUCCUCUCUUCCAGGUGUUUGCGGCCUAUGACUUCAAAGCCAGAGGAAACCAUGAAGUGUCUGUUCGGUCAGGCGAGCCAGUUCGUGUCCUUGAGCCCCACGACAAACGAGGGAACCCUGAGUGGAGUCUAGUGGAGGCGAGAGGUGGGCAGAGAGGCUACGUGCCCUCCAACUAUCUCACAAUCAUGCCUAUGGGGACUGGGCCACCUGGCAAAUACUAGCCCCGCUGCUAAGAGCGAAGGACGGAAGAAGACAUACAGCAGUGUGAACAUAUACAGUAUGACAAGGAUUUCACCAAUACUGUCUUUAGAAGGAUUACAGCAGUAUUGUUGUAAUGAAGCUGCCUCUGCUUCUCAAGUAGCAUGUAUCUACACAGUGACCAUCAGUUAUUUUGUUUUUAAACCAACAUUAGAGACAUUAAAUACAAUAUUUUGAUGGGCCACAGUGUUAAUUUAACACUGUAAUUUUUUUCUAUAUACAUUUCCUGUGCAAACCAGUAUGGUGAGAUUUUUAAAAUUGCUAGAAAAAGAAAGUAAAUGUCAUGUAAUUUUAUUUAUAUAGUCCAAAAUCACAGAUUUGCCUCAAAGGGCUUUACAAUCUUUACAGCAAAGAACACCCUCUGUUCUUAGAUGCUGAUUGGUAAGGAAAGAAAGAGAAAGUCUUCCCAUCGUAACCUUUCACAAGUGAAGGCUUAUUGGCCUUUUCUAGGGUAAUUUCAGCACUAAUUCUAAAAAAAAAAAAUAGCUUGCUGGUGCAACAGUAUGAAAAUGUCAGAAAGCCAGAAAAAGUGUAAAGCUAAUGGUUUAAGAGGCUAAAAGAUGUGCAAGAGGAUAUUUAUACAUUUGGUCGGUAAACCUGUAGAGGUGGUUACAUGAGGCAUUUUUAUUCUGAUUGGCUAUUAUUCCGAUUAUUAGUGGAAUACUGGGCUCCAUGGAAAAGCAGUUAGAUCUUCUUCACUGUGGACAUGGCUAGACAUAAUCCUUGACCUUAUUAAUGUUAAUAUUUGUGACACACAGGAAAAAAUGAAGGACUCUGUAGCUGGCAGUUAUAUGCUGUGUUGCUAAUGAGCAGCACAGAUUCUUGCUGAGAUGGAAGUUUAACUCUGCAUUUAACUGCAUUUUACCGCUGAAGGACAAUCUUCAGGUUGCACUGCAAUUUUUUUUAUGAUCGUUGUUUAAAAAGCACCAGAGACUAUGGGUGAAUAGUUUUGAAGGUGAAUGGGGGCUAUCUCAGCUGUCUGAGGUGAGGGAAGUUGACUUAUAUCCCAUGAUCCUCAGCAGGACAUAAGGACACUUGAAUUGAAAAUGAUGAAAAGAUUGCAUGUUCUCAUUAGUGUGCCCGUGUAUUACCGAACUAACUGCAAAAAGUGUGUGUGCGUCUGUAUGGAUGAUAAGAAGUUGGGCUGGUGUGUGUGUGUGUGUGUGUGUGUUAAGACUCCUCCUCACCUGGAGGCAGGAGCAAUGCUAUAUCGAGACUGACAGGUACACAGCGCUCUCAUCAUCUCAGACUGUGUAAUGUGAUGUAAAUGCAAAAUGUCUCCAGGGCCGAGUAGCAGAGAAAGAUGGAGAGGGGAGAGGUGGAGGCAGAGAUGUAAAGACAGAGGAAGGUAUUCAUACGAUAAACUGAAACAGUUGGAGGGAAAUGGAGGGUAACAAUAAGAGACUAAAUUGCUCCUUAGAUAUAAAAUAGUGUAGACUGGACUGGCAUUUAAUUGUUUGUGUCUGUUUAGUGAACGUUUGCCGCUUCAGUAUCUUCUUGUUACAAAGAGGAACCACCCUUCACUGAAAAAAAAAAGGACCAUGGUCUAAGUACUUCCACUUCUGUAUCUAUAAGUCGUUUUAUUUUUACACAUUUUAUUUCUGUUUUAAAGUCAGUGUAUUUUAAAAUAUGCAUUUUUGGUUGUACAUCAUUCCUAUCUCUUUAAGUUAACAUAUUUAUCCUGCAAACCUACUUUUUAGAUUUGGAGUCAAGUCUUCAUCUCCAGCAGUUUGUUAUGUUUAACAAUAUAUUUAAAGCUAAAAAAUAUUAUGAAUGGUUAAAGGAUCCUGAUGUCCACCAGAAUAUUGAGCUAUCCGUUAUGUGACAAAAUAAUUUCAUGUCUCAACAUGUCAGCAUUAAUGGAAAAGACCAAAUCAUCAAAACUUUACCAACUAAGAAUGCGGAGACACCAUGUUAGAAAAGAGAAAAAAGAUGAAAAUGAUCUCCGUCGUUUAACUUUGUUUUUGUGAUUAAGCCCCACCCCUUUCAUUUUAUACUCCAAUCACUGCUGAACAAGAAUUCAGACAACUUCCGAGGAGUAGAACAAACUAAAUGUCAGACUUGUAAAUAGCAUUCAUGUCAACAUCCAACUCAUUAUUAUGUUGGGGACACUUUUUCUGAAACCUCAGUUAUAGCCAACUUGAUAUUUAACAAAAUAGAAGUGCCUGAAAACCAAACAAACAUGGACGCUUCAACAUCAGCUAUAGUCUGCCUUUCAUAUUAUUUAACCCUAAUUCAAUGGAUAUGGUGGUAUAAUGUCACACGUCCAACUCUGUAAUCAUACAACCGUUUUGAUGAUAUGAAUAUUUCAAGUCAUGAACAAGGGAAUUUUGCCCAUAAAUUCCAUCCAUCACAUGUUAUGUGAACACAGCACAGUGUCUCCCAUGAUUAGCAAGAUAUUGAGGAUAUUUUUGAAAGGAAAAGCGACAUUUAAAUCUUUAUGAUAAUUUUUCCAGCACGGUGGCAUCUGUUGACUGAAUAUGACUCCUGAACGUGUUACACGAGCAUGUUUUGCAUAAAAUUGACCCCUUUCCCUCUGGAUUGUGCUGUAUCAGCUGCUGUGCGAGUGAAACAGAGGGAGGGAGGCUGGGAUUCAGCUGCUCAGCUGGAGCUUAGCUUUUCCCAUCCGUCUGAAUGUCAGGACGGAGCAGAGCAGCAGGAGAGACAGAGUGUGUGUGUGAGAUGUUACCAAAAUACCAAAUGUCCUCAAGGUUAGCAAGAUGAAGGAAAAUAAAGAAAAUCCCACAACCUGACAACAUUUUACCUGCUUUCACCUCUUCAAAGCCAGUUUAGGGAGAAACAGAAAAAUGUUGUUAAAAACAGGUGAUGGCAUUAAACCAUGCUUUUUGGAAUCUAUUCUGCUAUUAAGUAUUUAUU